AUGGGCACCCGCCUCUACUUCGCCUACGGCAGCAACCUCUCCCUGGACCAAAUGGCCGCGCGCUGCCCGCAAUCCACGUUCCGCGGCCGGGCCGUGCUGCCCGACUUCCAGUGGCAGAUCAACCAGCGCGGCGUGGCCAACAUCGUGCCGCGGGCCGGCAGCAGCGUGCACGGGCUGGUGUACGAGCUCGGGGCCGGCGACGAGAAGCGGCUCGACCGCAACGAGGGCGUGCGCGCCGGCUUCUACAGCAAGGCACUACUGCCCGUCGUGCUGCACCCCGCCACCGAUGCGCUGCAGAUGCGCACGGCGCGCAUCGUCACCAUGGGCGGCGCCGCCGGCGUCGUGCACGACUUUGACAAACUGGUCGGACUAGGAAGCCGCCCGCGGGCGAGGUUGGAGCCCGAAGUGCUUGUCUAUGUUAGCGAGACGUACGUGCAGACGGGCGAGCCGCGCGACGAGUAUGUGGAUCGCAUGAAUAGGGCGAUGGAGGACGGGGUUGCCAUGGGGAUCCCCACGGCUUUUUUCCUGAAUACCGUGCGCGAGCAUAUCCCGAGCCGGCCAGCGCCGGCGCCAGCCCCGAGCCCGCGCCCUGCGUACCGGCCGCAGCCGAGGGAGAGGUCGUGGCCGCCGAUGGCAGCGGCGCCCCGCGCUCCCGAUGGGUACACGUACAGAAGACCUACGACACUGGGGAGGAGGACUGGUGGGGACGACGCAUACGAGUACGAGUACGAGCAUCCACGGCGCCCACUGUCGCGGGCGGCGAGGGAUUAUGUCUAUACUUCCUACUAUGCUGGCACUCCGGUCAUUCGGACGGUGUCGCCGGAUGCUAGCCAGUAUCCCGCUAGGGGCCGCUGGAGCUCUGCACUGUGA